UUUGUAUUGUGAAUAAACAACUGUACAAAUUUGGAAAAAAAAGAAGGUCAAAAGUUCAUGCUCAAAUUUUCACACAAAAUAGUGAAUGCAUCUUAAGGAUGAAUUUUUACAAUCUCAGGUAUCUCUAGUACCUUCAGCUUUCGUUGUCCGUACGACUUUAGUUGAAGUCGGAAAAUCAGCAACAAUUUGUUGUUUUCGACAGAGAUUCGCUAUUUUGUGACAUUUAUUGAGCCAACGCCGGUUUUAAACGAUAUUUUUUCCUAUCAAGAAACUAUUUUUAAUCGAAACCAAAAUCGCUAUACUCCAUAAGCUAAUUGUUCAGAAUGACAUAAAGGUUUAAGCGGUUUAAGGAUUGACAGCUUCUGAAAAUAACAUAAGCGUUUUGGCAGAAGAAGGUUAGAAACAUCUUAGUUAGUGAUCGACAUACUAAAUGGCUGCAAAGAAACGGAAAUAUCAUGAAAAAGAUUUCACCUAUAGUAAGCACGCAAUUAAAAAAUAAAAAUAGAUACAAAAAUAAAUGAAUAAUUCUACGUACAAAAGAUUUCAUCACGCAUACAUACUCGUAAUCAAGUUGGUUUUGUUAUUGGACUUCAAUCUUAAAACUUGGCUGACUUGAAGUGAAUGACUGUGGUCACCAGACUGUCUGGUAAAGCUGUUGUUUGUUGUUAAAUACUGCCAACAACUAUUUAAAGAAAAUAAAAUGAAAAUCGUAAAAAAAAUAAAAAUAAAUAAAUAAAUAAAAGAACGAGCAACGAACACCGUACGCACAAGUGAUUAAAGCUGAACAGCGGAGAUAUUACGGAAUAUUGAAUAGUGGCUUAAUGUGUUGAACCGGUAGGCAGAAGCAGCAGCAGACAUUAAAGACAUAUUUGGAAGUUUAUCAUAAUUUAUGGCAAUGAGGCAGAACAAACAGACGCUUGUAACUACUACUAGAGGGAAAAAGAAUUCAAUUUCACUGACUUAUAAGUAAAGGAAUGGAUGGAUGGAUGGUUAACUGGAUAAAUGAGUCAAAGAGCGGCCAAUACCAGAAAAAGAGGUUAAACGAACGAUUUUUCCACGAACCGUGACCACUGAUUUAAAAUUGAAAGCCGUUUGUUAAUUAAACGUUGCUGCGUAACGAGUUUGCCACAUCUGCUAUUCAUGGCUAAUGAACCCUUUAAUAUUUCUAAGUAACUGCGGAUAACGACACUGUUCGUUCUUUUAUUCUGCUGAGAGCAUCAUUCGUUAUUUGUUAUGGCACUUGAGUGUAAUUCAACAAAACCGGCUGCAAUCAUUUCCCCUUCUUGUAUUGUUGAUGUUUUGAUUUUCUUAAUAUUUGUCUAGAAAUUUAUAACAUGAACUGGCGCCAUUGCAUCUACAGAUUAUUAGCUUUAAUGCAAAUAGUACAAUUAAGUGAGAAUAGUCAUGUUCAAUUGGCUAAACAACAAAUACAAACGGAAAUUAAAUCAUCAAUCGGUCAAUUACCGGCAGUAACACACCCUUCAGAUAAUUUUAAUGCAAAGAGACACCACAAUGAACGUCAUCAUCAUCAUCAUCAUCAUAAUCAUCAUCAUCAUCAUCAUCAAAAGCAACACUAUCAUCAAAGUUAUCAUGAAAAUCAACGACAGCAAAAGCAAAAACAAAAGCAACGUCAACGCUUUCACUGGCAUCAUGGUCAACGUGUUCAUCAUUUUUAUGAUCGUCGAAAUCGUUGGUUGUUACGACGUCAACGUCGCCAACAACAAUUUACAUCGUGGUCAGUGUGGUCGGAGUGCGGAAUGGACUGUGUGCAACGACGUGAAAGAUAUUGUAAAAUAAAACGGAAAUGCGGUCACACCAAGCAUAUCGAAGAACGCAAAUGUCGACAAUGCCAGAGACUAUUUGGCAAUUCGACAAAAAUUGCAGCCAAUUCAACACAACAUUACACGAACACUACACCAGCAAUUAAUGCCAAUGUUGCAGUAACCUUAGCGCCACUUUUAUUACCAAAAGCUAAUGAAAUGUUAUCAACAGUAUCAACUGGAACACGUCCCAUCCGCAUGCAGAGAGAAAACGAUCGUCUGCUAAUGACAGUAAGACAACGUGAUAUCAAUGAUUCCGUUUUUUAUAUAGUAAAAGCUACCAAUGAAAAGAAGAAACGUAUAACGCAAUUUUUUCGCGAAUCGAACGAAAAGAAGAAUUUAAAAAAAUCUCAAAAUUUGAAUAUAAAUACAUCUUUGGAAUUCACAGCCGAUGAUAAGCUCAUUGAUGAUUAUCACGAUCGUGACAAUGAUGAUAAGAAUUAUAUUGAGGAGCAAAUCAAUAGACGUAAUUUAGAGAUCACUGAAGCUACUAUAGAUAGCGAUGCUUAUCAAUAUGAAGAUUUCGAUAUUGAUAGCAAUCGCUCAGAGAGUCAGUACAGUGAUAUAUCAUAUGAGGACAGUAAUGAUUACAAUGACGGCGUCGAUCAUGCAAACGCCUCAUCAUCAUUAUUUAUGCUACCAACAGCCAAAGAGAAAGCAACACCGGAAAAUUUGAUACCGAGAUAUCGUAGAAUUUAUUCGAAAUGGAGCAGAUGGACUAAAUGUUCGCCAAAAUGUACCACAAGAAGAUACAAAAAGUGUCGUUUACGUGAGCAAUGCGGCCGUGAGGUAUUGCGGGAAAUUGCUUAUUGUUAUACGGAACGCAGCUUUUGCCAGCAAUGGUUGCAGGCGCAACUACAAAAAUCACCGGCCUAUGAACUGAGACCGAUGGGUUCACGUAGGCGCGAUACUAGUUUAGAGAGCGGCACACUUUCCAAUUCUGUAGUUAGUGAUUUCAUAAUGAAUGGCAAAGGAUAUCGGGGACCCGAAUACGCACCAAUGAAAUUGAAAUGUGGCACAGCACCCAUACGUAAUAACAAACGAAAUAUGUACAAUAUGCUUAAAAUUAUUGGCGGAAAGACGGCCCGUAAAGGUGAAUGGCCUUGGCAAGUGGCCAUUUUUAAUCGUUACAAAGAAGCCUUCUGUGGCGGCACGUUAAUUGCACCUCAAUGGAUCCUAACGGCGGCACAUUGUGUCCGCAAAGUUUUAUAUGUUCGUCUUGGUGAACAUAACUUGGACUACGAAGACGGUACAGAGUUACAACUAAAAGUACUAAGAAGUUAUAAACAUCCGAACUUUGAUAAAAAGACCGUAGAUAGUGAUGUAGCUUUACUAAGACUACCUAGACCCGUUAAUACGACCAUGUGGAUUGGUUACUCGUGUUUACCGCGUCCCUAUCAACCGCUGCCAAAGAAUAUAGAUUGUGACCUUUGCAUAGAAAUAGGCAACGAAAGUUAA